AUGGCCAUCAAUGUGUGCAUUACAGGAGACCCAGAAAGAGAAGAAAGAGGAGCCAACAGCAAAGGCCAUGGGGGCAGCCAGAAUUCUUCAGAACAUCGCCCACCUGCCAGUAGCACCUCUGAGGAUGUCAAGGCCAGCCCUUCCUCAGCUAAUAAGUUGGAAAAGAAACCCCUUUCAGAUAUGAUGCUGAAUUCUAGCUCAGAGGACUCCAAAGGGAGCAAGCGUGUCCAUACAAAUUCCAUGGGCUCAGCCACUGGCCCCCUCCCUGGGACCAAGGUGGAACCCACUGUUCUGGACAGAAAUUGUCCUUCCCCAGUCCUGAUUGACUGUCCCCACCCAAACUGCAACAAAAAGUACAAGCACAUCAAUAUACUUAAGUACCACCAAGCUCAUGCCCAUAUGGAUGACGACAGCAAGCCAGAAGCAGAUGGAGACAGUGAGUGUGGAGAGGAGCCCACCCUCCAUGCAGACCUCGGGAGCUGCAAUGGUGCCUCUGCCUCACAAAAAGGUUCCUUGUCCCCUGCCCGCUCAGCUACCCCCAAAGUUCAGCUCAUAGAGCCCCAUAGCCCUUCUCCUUCAAGCAAAUUCAGCACAAAAGGCCUCUGUAAGAAAAAGUUGAGUAGGGAAGGGGACACAGAUCUCAGGGCCUUAUCCAAUGAUGGCUCUGAUGAUGGACCCUCAGUAAUGGAUGAAACAAGCAAUGAUGCCUUUGAUUCUUUGGAAAGGAAGUGUAUGGAAAAGGAAAGAUGUAAAAAGCCCUCUAGUUUGAAACCUGAAAAGAUUCCUUCCAAAAGUUUAAAGUCAGCCCGGCCCAUUGCCCCUGCCAUCCCACCACAGCAAAUGUACACAUUCCAGACAGCCACCUUCACAGCAGCAAGCCCAGGCUCCUCCUCAGGCUUGACCACCACAGUGGUCCAAGCCAUGCCCAACAGUCCCCAGCUCAAGCCCAUUCAGCCCAAGCCCACUGUGAUGGGAGAACCUUUCACAGUCAACCCUGCCUUGACUCCAGCCAAGGACAAGAAAAAGAAAGACAAAAAAAAGAAGGAAUCUUCAAAGGAACUUGAAAGUCCUCUGACCCCUGGGAAGGUGUGUCGAGCAGAAGAAGGCAAAAGCCCAUUCAGGGAAUCAUCAGGAGAUGGGAUGAAGAUGGAGGGGCUCCUAAAUGGCUCCUCAGACCCCUACCAGAGCCGAUUGGCUAGCAUCAAGGCUGAAGCUGACAAGAUCUACAGCUUCACGGACAAUGCUCCCAGCCCAUCAAUUGGAGGCAGUAGCCACCUAGAUAGCACUACCCCUACCCAGCCCAUGACCUGCUUACAUGUAGUGACCCAGAAUGGAGCUGAAGCCAGCUCAGUCAAAACCAACAGCCCUGCAUACUCCGACAUCUCUGAUGCUGGGGAGGAUGGGGAGGGCAAAGUGGACAAUUCCAUCAAAUCAAAGGACCCUGAGCAAUUGGUUAAGGAGGGGGCCAAGAAAACCCUUUUCCCCCCUCAGCCACAGAGCAAAGACUCGCCAUAUUACCAAGGCUUUGUGAGUUACUACUUUCUAAAUUACGCACAAUCCAUCCCAGGGGCUCUGAACCCCAGCAUCCAGGCAGGAGCGGAGAGCCGGGCCCUGAAGACAAAAAGGGAUGAGGAGCCUGAGAGCAUAGAGGGAAAAGUAAAGAACGAUGCCUGUGAGGAAAAGAAACCAGAGCUGAGCAGUUCCACAGGUGCCGAGUGUGGCCGACAGGCAGAGGUGGAUCCAAUACUCUGGUACCGACAGGAAGCAGAGCCCCAGAUAUGGAUAUAUGUUUAUCCUGCCAAGUACUCGGACAUCAAGUCAGAGGAUGAGCGGUGGAAGGAAGAGCGGGAUCGCAAACUGAAGGAGGAAAGGAGUCGGUGUAAGGACUCUGUUCCCAAGGAGGAUGGGAAGGAAAGCACAAGUAGUGACUGCAAGCUGCCCACAUCUGAGGAUCGCCUUGGGAGCAAGGAGCCCCAACCGAGUGUCCAUGUGUCUGUGUCCUCUCCCCUCACCCAGCACCAGUCCUACAUCCCCUACGUGCAUGGCUGCUCGUACAGCCAGUCCUAUGACCCCAACCACCCCAGUUACCGGGGCAUGCCUGCCGUGAUGAUGCAGAGCUACCCAGGUUCCUACCUGCCUUCCAGCUACUCUUUCUGCCCAUAUGGCAGCAAGGUCUCAUGGGGUGAAGAUGCUGACAAGGCACGAGCCAGUCCCAGUGUCAGUUGCAAAUCCAGCUCGGAGUCCAAAGCCCUGGACAUCUUGCAGCAGCAUGCCAGUCAUUACAAGAGCAAGUCUCCCACGUGCCUGAUGUCCACACACCACCACCACCACCACUUGGGGUACUCAUUGCUCCCAGCACAGUACAACUUACCCUAUGCAGCAGGGCUUGCUUCUACAGCCAUUUUUGCCAGCCAGCAAGGCUCGACUCCUUCACUCUACCCACCCCCCCGGAGGUGAGAAUGAACACCAAGUGCCCGGAUAAAGUCAGCUUCACAGGCCCGGACUGGCUCAUCCAAGGAGGUGCUGGAGGUUCCAUUUAGACAUCAGUUACAUGGUGUUGAUCAUCCUGUUUGCCUUUCCCACCAUGACUGAAGGCAGACCCUUGGCUAUCUCGCCUCCACCAGACCCCCGGACUCCCUGACCCUCCCUCUUCCUCAGGAGCUGGAGAGCCGGUACUUAGCAAAAAUAUUUAUUCUCUUGGCCACGGCCGUGACUGUUGUGGCCUCUGUGGAGAUGAAGGCACAGGGAGCAA